CCUGCCACCUAUAAUUGGACUUUGGCCUAAAGGCCCAACUCCCAAAAUAAGCUAUGUGGGUAGACCUUGAAGCCAGAAUGCGACAGCAUUCUGCAAUACGACAAUCGACAACGUCACCAAAGUCGGCGCCUCUUCCAAAUCCUCCUAUCAUAGACAACUAGACAAGAAAGAUGAAUAGAUGUCGCAAAGAUCCCCAUAACGAGAUCUGACCAACACCUCCAAAUGCAGCCCCCAAGCCUAAUGCUAUCGAUCACAGCUUGGCACCCAUUAACAAACAUCUGAUCCAAUUAAGCCUGGAUCGAUCACCCGGCCUCUACCACUGCUGAUGCAGCCCAAGAGAACAACCAAAACUGAGAGACCCCGCCGAGCAAGCCCGCAGUCAUGUUUGAUAUAUAGAAUAGAGAGAGGUGAAACUACAUCCUUCCCCCUGUCACAGAUGUUUUGCCUCAUAUCCGUUUUUCCCGUCUAGCGAUUACCACCGUACAAAGUUCUGGUUUGAUUUCGUUUUUUUGUUUUUCCCCUUAUUUAAGACAUACUCCUUGCUCUAGUCGUCUAGGGUUUUAUUAAUUGACACCCUUAUGUGUUGAUAUACGAUCCGGUCUAGCUAGGUUGCAGGCUAUAAAGCAGUGGCUUCUCUUCUAUUUUCUCUCGUCUCUGUUUAUAGUUUCACACCAAAGGGAGAAGAAUGGACAUGGAAGCACAGAGGUUUUUAUGGGAAGGAGCAAUUCCUUUACAGAUUCAUCUCCACGAAUCCGAAGUCACCACUCUUCCCUCUCCCCCACCAGCCCUGAUCUUAGCUCCUCGGCUAGGAUGCCUACCAUUGUUGGCCUCGCAUUUAAAGCCUUACUUCAGCAGUGCACUUCCUCCAGGUGUUGACACUAUUUGGUUCGAGUACAGAGGCAUGCCCUUGAAAUGGUAUAUACCAACAGGAGUUCUUUUUGAUCUUCUAUGUGCAGAGCCGGAGAGACCUUGGAAUUUAACGGUGCAUUUUAGAGGAUAUCCAGGAAACAUAUUGAUCCCUUAUGAAGGUGAAGAUAGCAUCAAGUGGAGCUUUAUCAACUCAUUUAAAGAGGCAGCAUAUAUAAUCAAUGGAAACUGCAAGAAUGUGAUGAACAUGUGUCAACCUGAUCAGGUGGAGCUCUGGCGCUCUGUCUUAAAUGGUAAUUUGGAAGCCUACCUACGGGUAUCUUCUAAACUUAAGCUUGGAGCAUUUGGGGAAAUGAACUCAAGCUCUCCAAGAUCCCGAUCGAGUAUGGGUGAAAUUGAUGUUUCUGGGCAGGUGAAGCAAGGCCGAGUUCCUGUUCGGUUAUAUGUUUGGUAUGUCAUUGAGGACUUUGAUGACUUGGAAGAUGCACCACCGAUUGAUAGUUGGGACAAAGUUUUUUACAUAAACCAGCCUGUCGAGAUACAAGGAGAAGGUAGAUGCUUUACUUUACAUGAUGCAGUGAAAAGCCUUCUGCCAGACUAUUUUGUGGAGAAAUCCUUGGGCACUGCUGAAUCAUUGACAGUAGGUGGUGAUGACAAGCAAAGAGUUUCAUCCGAAGAUGCAAGCGAUGAUAAAAAAGCCGAAGAGGAAGUAGAAACUUCAUGCGACGACUGUGUAAACUGUAAAGGCUAGUUACGAAUAUGAAGAGCCUGAAAUCAAGCUGGUUCGUAUACAAGGUAUUGAACCGAAACUGGAUCUACCAUUUUCUUGGGUGGCAAACAACUUAAUGCACCC